GCGUAGUUGGUUGUGGGAUAUUGCAACCAAAAAGUACAUCUGAUUCCUGAUUUUACUAUAUCAUUUCCUCUCUUUGGAGAAUAUACCCUUUGCUAAAUAAAUAACUAUUUCCAUCCAUAUAACUUGCCCUUUCUUCUCUGAAGUCAAUCUUCCUUUAUACGAUUGGUGUAUACAUAAAUACCACGAAUAAUAAUUCCAUACAGAGACUUAUAAAGCAUCGAAAGAGCGAAUGAAAUGCAUAUUUCAUUCAACUUGUGUACAUGCAAAGUUUGAAGAUAAUAUUCAUCAAGACAUUGCUAAAGUGAACGAAAGAGCGGAAAUUAAACUCAGACAGAUCAUCUUCUCCUUAAAGUUUUGUUUCCUCCAGGAUAAUUUACUUAUAAAGCAGGUCACGUAGCAUAUACGUAAUAAUGAGCUGAUAUGUAUACAUACAGAAUUUCUUAAAAAACGAGAAGAUCUCAAUCCUCAGACGCAACGUGACUAUUAUAUAAUUUACAUACAUCAAAGAGUUGAUACGAAACAAGGAAAUCCCAUCAUCUCUGCUUAAUGGAUAAACCAGAAAUGAUGAUGAGCAAACUUGAAGAAAAGUGAACCCAAUUAAAGUAAAUCAUUGACCGAUAAAGCACGUACGAGUUGAGUUUAAACUAGAAGACGACUAACUCGUACAUACAUAUUUGUCAAUUUGUCAUUUUAUACAUAACUUGGAAGACAUUUCAGUUAAAUACGAAACCGUAUUACCUACUUUUUUGUGAAGGAAGCAAAAAGUGAAGUGAUCCAAAUAGACGCACAUUUUUGAGACUACGGUAAAUUCAGCAAUAAACCAAUAUAUGAUCAGCAAAGAAAGCAACAACGGUACCGAGUAAAUAGAAACAUUGAAUUGUCAUGGAUGAAUAGUUCACAACAAUUUCAUAGUGACGAAUAGGAGGUGAGGCAUGUCAGUCAGUUGUGGUUUAACCAAGCAGUGAAGCAUCUCGGGCGCAAAAUAAUCUAGAAAAUAAUCUCAAUCACACGGAAAAAUGACGCCGAUCACGUAUUCGUUCGUGGUGACCUUGUGCCUCCUAAUCUGCAACUUUGGAACAUGGGUGUCCACGGAAAUGUUCACGGCGCAGGUGGAUCUCGAAGCCCUGUUUCCAACGCAGGAGUUGGUAAUUGAAGCUUUUGAGGUGUACUUGGCCAGGGAGGAGAUACGAUUGAAGGAGGUCAGGAGGAGGUUAGAACCGCUUAUUCUGCGGGGCAAGAAACCAAAACAGGAAAUCAUCGAUAAUCCCAUCAGCGCAUUUCUCCUCGUGAAAGGCUUGACCAUUGAUUUGGACGACGUGCUCAACAUUGCAGAGCAAAAGUAUAAUGUUCAAGAUUUGGCAAAGAAAAUCCAGAGCUUGAGAGAUGACAACAAAUUCCCCGUGAGUGAAGACCUUAAUGGAGCCGCAGUAGCGAUAACUCGACUACAGGAUACUUAUCAACUAGAAACCGCAGAUAUUGCUCGUGGGGAUUUGAAUGGACAUUGUUGCGCGGAUAGGCUAACAGCCGAAGACCUUUUCGAACUUGGGAGACAAAGUUACACCCAGGGCGAUAUGGAUCACACAAUUUUAUGGAUGCACGAAGCACUUUCCAAAUUUCAUGAAGAGAAACAAAAUGCCACAAGUUUUGCGACCGAGUACAGAGCAGCGUCCGAGUCGGAUAUUUUGGAGUACUUAGCUUUCUCCACGUAUCAAAAGGGCGAACUUCAAAGCGCAGUUCAAUUGACGAACGAGCUGCUUCGAGUUCACCCAGAUCAUCCCAGAGCAAGUGGAAAUAUUGAGCACUACCAAAGAAUGAUUGACGAGAAAAAAGGGGAGGACGGGGGGCUGAGUGACCGGUCCUACACCAUCCGGGAGAGAAGAGAAAGCAAAGUUGGUUGGGAGAAAACCAAGUAUGAAGCCCUUUGUCGAGGUGAAUACCAAACGGCACGUGUUACCAAGAACAUGAAAUGCAGAUACAACCAAGGUGGAGAUCCAUAUCUUCGAAUCAGCCCUGUCAAAGAAGAAUUGAUUUAUGAAAAACCAAAUAUUUGGAUUUAUCACGACAUUAUCAGCGACAAGGAGAUCAACGUCGUAAAACAAUUGGCGAGACCAAAGUUUAAGCGAGCUACCGUCCACGACCACGCUACUGGGGAGCUGGUCACAGCUCAGUACCGGAUUAGCAAAUCUUCUUGGCUUCAGGGUCAUGAGAAUCCAGUAAUUGAUGCUGUUAAUAAACGCAUCACCGCCAUUACCGGACUUGAUGUAGAAACGGCAGAAGAGCUUCAAGUCGUUAAUUACGGUCUCGGAGGCCACUACGAACCCCACUUUGAUUUUGCGAGGAGGGACGAGAAAGACGCCUUCAAAAGUCUGGGCACUGGAAAUCGAAUCGCCACAUAUUUAAUAUACAUGACCGACGUUGAGGCUGGUGGUGCCACCGUUUUUCCGACCCUUGGUCUGACCCUGUACCCCGUCAAAGGCGCAGCCGCGUUUUGGUAUAAUUUGCUUGAGGAUGGAACUGGCGAUGUGACCACGCGUCACGCUGCCUGUCCAAUUCUACGGGGGAGCAAAUGGGUCGCAAAUAAAUGGAUUCAUGAACGCGGACAAGAAUUCCGAAGACCGUGCGGCCUCAAGCAUAACAAAGUUGCCGGUGAUGAAUCAGACUGAUUUGAAACAUUCGUCUCAAAAUAAUGUAUGUAUGUAAGAACAAGAACUGAUCCUCAAAGUCAAAUAUCGUCAAGUGCCAUAAUAAUGCAAAGUUCUCAAAGCAAUUUAGACUUUCAAGCCAUACUCACUCGGUAUUUAUGCAUUUAACUUUGUCGUCAAUCCCAUUAUACUGACAUUUAUUAAUCUCGUCUUUCUUGACAUUUUAUUGUUACCGAUUAAUUACCAUUUAAUUUUUAAGACUUGUUUUCACGUAAAACAUUUUCCUACUCAUGUUUACCAUUUAUUACUUAAUCUUACGUAUUGAUACUGACCGCUUGUUUAUCUUGUUGAUACAAUCCUAUUAAUUGUUACGAGCUCAAGUCCACAUUUAUAGUCAUGAAUCUCAAUCUCAGAAGAACGUAGAAACUGACCAAAUCCAAGUCCAUCAUAUUAAUCAUUUGCAAUUUUUUAAACAAAAUUGCGUUAACAAAUUAAUAAUCUCACCACAACACAAGUAAUUUUGUACACUGAUUUGUAUUUGUACUCGUGUAUGGCACGGCAUAAUAUAGUAACUAUUAAUAUCAAAAGUUAUCAGAUUCAAUAAAAAAUAUAAAACUUGUUAAA